CAAGAAGGAGGCGCUACACAGCAUGGAGGACUUUCUACUCUCCAAUGGGUACCAGCUGGGCAAGACCAUUGGGGAAGGGACCUACUCAAAAGUCAAAGAAGCAUUUUCCAAAAAACAUCAAAGAAAAGUGGCAAUUAAAAUUAUAGACAAGAUGGGAGGGCCAGAAGAGUUUAUCCAGAGAUUCCUGCCUCGGGAGCUCCAGAUUGUCCGUACCCUGGACCACAAAAACAUCAUCCGGGUGUAUGAGAUGCUGGAAUCAGCGGAUGGAAAAAUCUACCUGGUGAUGGAACUGGCUGAGGGAGGGGAUGUCUUUGACUGUGUGCUGAACGGAGGGCCGCUGCCCGAGAGCCGGGCCAAGGCCCUCUUCCGCCAGAUGGUGGAGGCUAUUCGCUACUGCCAUGGCUGUGGUGUGGCCCACCGGGACCUUAAGUGUGAGAACGCCUUGUUGCAGGGCUUCAAUCUGAAGCUGACCGACUUUGGCUUUGCCAAGGUGCUACCCAAGUCACGCAGGGAGCUGAGCCAGACCUUCUGUGGCAGCACAGCCUAUGCCGCCCCUGAAGUGCUACAGGGCAUACCCCAUGAUAGCAAGAAAGGCGAUGUCUGGAGCAUGGGUGUGGUCCUGUAUGUAAUGCUCUGCGCAAGCCUACCUUUUGAUGAUACAGAUAUCCCCAAGAUGCUGUGGCAGCAGCAGAAGGGGGUGUCCUUCCCCACCCAUCUGGGCAUCUCAACCGAAUGCCAGGACCUGCUCAAGCGGCUCCUGGAACCAGAUAUGAUACUCCGGCCUUCAAUCGAAGAAGUUAGUUGGCACCCAUGGCUAGCAAGCACUUGAUACAAGCAAUGGCAAGUCCUCCCCAAUAAAGUAGGGGGAGAAAGCAAACGGAAACCCGC